CUGAGGAUCAGGAUCAGAGGCGGUUCUGUGGGUUCUUCUGGGUUCUGCUGUGCUGGAGUGCAGGAAGAACAUGAGGAGGAGAGGAGGAGAACAGAGGAGUCCGACCUGAGGCGGAGAAACGAUCCAGAGCUGCUGAGCAGGAUGGCAGGUAACUGGUCCAUCCUGAGGUUGUCUUUACCCCCCACCAGUUCUAUGGCCACUACCCUUCACAACACCUCCCAGUACCCUCCUCUACUAGACUGGGAGGCUCCCAGCUUCACCCGGGCUGCUCAGUUCCGAGUUGGAGCCACCUUUGUCCUCUUCUUGUUUGCUGCCUGCAGUAAUCUUGCCCUAUUGGUCAGUGUGUGGCGAGGGCAGCGUUUGGCAUCUCACCUGCGCCCAUUAAUGCUGAGCCUGGCAUCAGCCGACCUGAUGAUGACAUUUGUGGUGAUGCCUCUGGAUGCAGUGUGGAACAUGACAGUGCAGUGGUAUGGUGGUGAUGCCCUCUGCAAGCUGCUCUGCUUCCUGAAGCUGUUCGCCAUGCACGCCUCUGCCUUCAUCCUUGUCGUCAUCGGCCUAGAUCGCCAGCAUGCGAUUCUGCACCCACUGGAUGCUCUGAGUGCACACAGCAGGAACCGACGCAUGUUGCUACUGGCUUGGACCCUCAGCAUUCUGCUUGCAUCACCACAGCUGUUUAUCUUCAGGACCAUCAGGGUGGACUCGGUGGACUUCACUCAGUGUGCGUCUCACGGUAGCUUCAGCCGCCGCUGGCAGGAAACUGUUUACAACAUGUUUCACUUCACCACGCUGUAUGUCGUCCCCCUGCUGGUGAUGAGCUGCUGCUACAGCCGCAUCCUGCUGCACAUCCACCAGCAGCACCUGAGAGACAAAGCAGGUGAGUCGCCCCUGCGUCGCAGUGGCACCGACAUCAUCCCAAAGGCUCGGAUGAAGACUCUGAAGAUGACGGUGGUCAUCGUGCUGUCCUUUGUCGUGUGCUGGACGCCAUACUACCUGCUGGGGAUUUGGUACUGGUUCCAGCCCGACAUGCUGCGCAUUACACCGGAGUACGUCCACCACGCCCUCUUUGUGUUCGGGAACCUGAACACCUGCUGCGACCCCAUCAUCUACGGCUUCUACACGCCGUCCUUUAGGGCCGACCUUGCCGCCUGCUGCCGCUGGGUGAGGAGUGAUGCGGACACUUCGCCCCAAUACAUAGACCGAAUGUCCACCAGAGAGGGUCCUCACAGCAAGGAGCACGAGCCGCAGCCCUCCACCAACAACCAGAUUGCAGCAGACCAGCCAAUGAAAGCACAGGACUUUAGCAUGUGACUUAUGCUUUGUGUCAGGUGAUUUGUAUUUGCAGGCGCCUGAGCAGAGUUGUUGCCACAGAAUCAGAAUAACGCGGUCAUUUUGUCUGCAUGUUGACUUUAUCAGUUUAGAUCACAUGGUUUGUCACGCCCUCCACAGAUGAUGCUCAGAGAGAAGGCACUGACCUCUGACCCUUGUGUCAGGCCUUUAAGAGAGGUGACUGCAGUCAAACAGCAGCAGCAUGCUGAUUCCUCCUGACUACAAAUUAAAGUGCAUCUUUUUUUCUCAUUAAUCUCAAUCAAUCGUUAAUCUCAUCUGAAUCCAAAGAGCAGCUUCUAGUGUCUGGAUGACCUCGUCAGGGACACCUCCAAACAUGGACGUGCCCACUCUGUGAACCACAGGGUGGAGCUCUAACACAACAGGAUGUGCUGCAUCCACAGGCUGUAUAGGCGUGGCCUACAACAACAUCAAAUCAAAUCUCACUCAUUCAGAGCUCAGCCUUCUCAGUCUGUUAGUAUGGUGACCUCACAGCAGUCAUGUUAUUGGUUAGAUGAUGUCUGACAGCACACACGUGGUCCAGAGAUCCAGUUCAGCCAAGGGGACAGCGAGCAGCUACAGCUGCCUGUGUCACCAUCCACUUGUCAGUCAAGGAGGCCACGCCCCUAAUUAUGCAAGCUUUAAGCCUUAAUCCAGUUUAAACAGGUGAGUUAUGAAAACGCUCUCCCCCCACACACGUUAUAAUCUUUGACAUAGAAGUCUCUGGGGACUGACUCACUGGUACAUCUGCUGGAUGUUAGAGGAACUGCAGCUUUGGCGGUUCAAACAUGACCAUACCCAUGAUCCUUUUGAGCAUCAUGGAGAAGCAUUGAUGUGACUCAUGCAUGUUUGUUUGUGUUUCAGGUUUUUAGCAAUGUUAUCAUCCUCGGCAGUGUUGGGGUAGUUACUCAAAAAAAGUAAUGGAUCACACAUUAGUUUUUACUUUUCUUAAAAGUAGUGUAGUAACUUAUUUAAUUCCUCGCCGGAGAAGUAUGUUGUCAGACUACUGGUUACAUUACUUUCUAAUUUCUCUACAAAAUGACCUGAAACCCAUUGUUACCAGUUACAAGUGGGAAUUCCACAGUGUUUGUCCUUUAAUAAACACCAACCUUACAAGCCCUGCUGAACGGCUGCGGUCUCAUCAUACGUGAAGCGAGCAGAGUUCAUACAACCAACAUACAGUUCAUACAACAUACUUUGAGUUAGUGAGGUAACGAUAUGAGGUCCAUGUGCGAGCACGCUUCUCCCACACUCUACAGAGGGCAGUGGUGAAUACCUGUGGCUGUAGCUCAGGUGGCAGAGCAGGUCAGCCACUAAUCAGAAGGUCGGUGGUUCGAUCCAGGGCUACCUUGUUUGUGUCCUGGCUGCACUUUCCACUCUAGUGUCGUCUUCCUGUCCUUUUGUGUAGUAAAAUAAAAGCAAUGUCCACAUCUCCACUCCUCGAAAGCUAUCGCUGUACUGCUCCACCAUUGUCCUCCUCCUGCACAUGAAUCAGCUGACUGUACCAUACAAGAAUGUUUCUUUAAUAUUUGUUUUCUUUCUGUCCAGCUGCCACUAACUGAAGAACUUGUUCAAUGAAAGUAAUGACAUAAUUGCAACUGUAAUGCGAUUACAUUACUGCAUUACUGAAAUGUAAUGUGAUUACGGUAACUUGUUACUUUGUAAUCCUUAACACCCAAAACUGGCCGUGGAGUUCCUCAGGGUUCUGUGCUGGGACCAGUGAUCUUAAUGUAUGCUUCCCUUAUUUAAUACUAUUAGGAAACACUGCAUCCAUUUUUACUGCUAUGCAGAUGAUACCCAGGUGAUAUGCAGGUGUUAAGGUGAGGUACAAAAGUACUUCACCUCACACCUGCACGAGCUGCUCAGCCAUCAAUCUCUCGCUGCACAGUUUUAGUGCUGAUGCAGUCACUGAGUCAGCCGAGCAUUGGUGACCGCAGCACUCGGUGACCCACAUGACACAAAUCGCUUUAACGUGUCUUUAUCGGCAGGUCACAUGACUGUACAUUAAACUCACCUUGCCAAACCUCAGGUGUCGCUG